CCGAUCAGUUAGCGGGAAAGCGACAUCUUGCAGGUUGAGAUGCGAUGAGUUUACUUCUAGAAAUAUUGCAUUUUGUUAUGUGAAGAAGUCAAAAUGGCUGCUGAUGCAGAAAAGAAGGAAGAAGAAAAGACCCCAGAGGAUCUUUUCAAAGAUGUGACCUAUUACGUUGUCGGCGAUAUUGACCCAGAGGUACUUGCUCUUCUUAAUGCUGGAGGGGCAAAGAGAGACACAUAUUUGAGUCAGAUGGUGAGUCAUGUGAUCGCUGAUGAUCAUACACAAGAUGACUACUCAGAGGCCAAAGAACUCUUUGAACUUCCUGUUGUCACGAGCCAGUGGGUGAUCCUGUCUGUGAAAUGCAAGAAAAGACUUCCUAUUGAGAUAUUUGCACCAGAAGGGCGCCUGUUAUCUGGAGUUGUAGCCUGUUCCUCUCAGUUGGAGCCUGAUGAUGCCAAGGCACUAUGGGGAAUGGUGACUUACUAUGGCGGUCGAUGUCAACAAACCCUAGAUCAGUCGUGUACCCAUCUCAUCACUUACAAUACUGAAAGCGAGAAGUACCGAUCCGCCUCCGCACACGUAGCUAAUAUAAAGAUUGUCACCCCUGACUGGGUCACUGACAGCAUUACUAAGGGAGAGAAGCUUGAUGAGGUGAUCUACGACCCGGAGCUGAUAGAGUACCCUCGACCCAAGUCUCCUACACCACCCCCUCCACCGCCACGGGAGCCAACACCACCACCAGUCAUGUUUCCAGAGGCCAUGGAUAUCGCAGACCCAAUGAUGAUGCAAAAUCAAUAUCUACACAUGAUGGGUAACCAUGCUCGGCAACGUGGGGAGAUGUCUGCCCGGUCGCCCGGAAAUCAGGUGAACACCCCCUUCCAGCAGUCUGCCAUGGCUGCUUUAGAGCGACGCGUGUCGGGGGAGGAGUCAGGAGCUGGGUCAAGGCCACCUACACCUAGUGCUAAAGAGGCAUUGGCUCGCAUGGUCAACAAUCGCAUACAGGCAGGAGGACAACCGCGAACUAGUCACUCCCCAAAGUCCCCAGGGAAACCACACCCACCAAUGCCCGGUGGUAUUAACAUGCCUUCCCCUCACCAGAUGCAACAGGCAGGAUUGGGCGGAUAUGCAGGCAUGCCAGGCCAGGGGUUGUCUCCCUUCCCAGGGCAUGAUCCAAUGGGGAUGCAGAACCAAUUGGCGAAUCAACCUCAGCGGACGUUACGGAACAUCACUAACUCUGGCCCACAGCACCCGUCUCCUGGACCACGCCCCAACACAAACAAGAUUAAUCAGAUUCUUGGUUUGAAUAUGAACGUGCCACACCGUCAUCCUCCUCCGCGAUACGGAUCUGCCACAGGGUCACAGAAGGGUCAACACCCAUCACAGUCCCCUAUGAUGCCUACCUAUUGGGGUCAUGACCCUACUGACAAUGUGCCUGCUGACAUGUGCUUGCUGGGAUGUAUUUUCUAUAUAACGGACUACCAGAAGAUGGUGGGACCGGAUCAGAUUGACAACUGGAAAAAGGUGAUCGGGCAGCAUGGAGGCCAGGUAGAUCCUGCCUACUCUAACCGUGUAACCCACAUACUGUGUGCCAACCAACACAGCGACGUGUUUGCUCUGGGUUUAAAAGACCAGAGACGUGUAGUGACAGCAUACUGGCUAAAUGACGUGCUCCUCAGGAAGAGAAUGCUGCCUCCCUGGCAGGCUCUGCACAUCCCCCUGAUCUUCGCUGAUGUGAAGCCAUGCUGUAACCAGAUUAUUUGUGUGACAAACUUUGAGGGGGAUGAAAGAAUGCGUAUCAAACAGAUGAUUAAUGCUAUCGGGGCUAAAUACACUGGCUACAUGACCCAUUCUAACUCGGUACUUGUCUGUAAAAGACCAGAGGGAGAGAAGUACGAAAAAGCUAAGGAAUGGCACUUACCUGUAGUCAAUGCCCAGUGGCUCAGUGACCUUGUCCUGGGUAACCUGGACGCUCUGAAACUUCCCGUCAAUCCUCGCUACCUCCAAACUGUACAGGGAGAUCUCUUCCAGUUGGACACAAGUCGCAUUGGGCACUUGUUAGUUGGUUGGAGAAAUCCAAUGAAGAUACAGAAGGAAAUUUGGAAGAGAUUUCUGCCUGGUCUCCCGAAGUCCCGUCCUGCCGCGGCACCAGGCCAGGAGAAUGUACAUGUCCCAAAGCCUGAGGCAGCAGAACCACCCAUUAAAAAAGCAAGAAUGGACCUGAACAAAGAUGACCAGUCCAUACUGGAAAAGCCUGGACCAAGAGUCAUGUUCACGGGGUUUCCUCGCGGUCUUGCCAAGCGCCUACAGGCUAGUGCUAUGCAGCUCGGUGCCAAUAUCACAGAGAACCCCCGAUACUGUACACACCUAGUCACCCCAACCUUCUCUCGUACCCUCAAAUUUUUCAUCGCCAUCAAUGUCUGUAAGUGUGUGGUCACACGUAACUGGAUUGAGGACAGUCUGGAACAGAACCGAUUCCUAGAUGAGGCGAAUUACGCACUGAGGGAUUUAAAGGCGGAGAAAGAGAUGCAGUGUUGUCUUCAGGAGUCCCUGGCUCGGGCACAUAUCAAACCGCUAUUCCAGGGUCUAACAUUCUACAUUACCCCAAGUGUUAGUCCUCCUGUCGGGGACCUCAUCAACAUUGUGGAGAGUGCUGGCGGCAAGGUCAUGAAGAGGAGGCCUGGGCUUAGAACCUUUCUGUCCAUGAAGGACGAGCAGGGCAAUCCAAAGUGCAUACUGAUAACCUGUGAAAAUGACAUACAUCUGUGUCGGGAUUUACUGGCUAAAAAUAUUGCCAUGUAUAAUGCAGAAUUCAUACUGACCGGUGUGAUCAGGCAGAAAAUUGACUUUAGAAUGUUUCAAAUUGAAGUUCAUUGACACCGCCUGGUGUGAGAAUGACAAACCAACAAAUCAAGGGCAGCUAACCCCAUCAUAACUACUUCCAUGUCAUGCUCAAUCUGAAGGCACAGCUCAACGAUCCAUUUAUCAGGUUGGAUGAUGACACAUAAGGGUGUGGCAGUCGUGGCUUCCAUUAGGAGAGUAAUUUUGUGAGUUCAGUGAGGGAUACGCGAGAUAUACUGAUGGAUUUGAUGAAGAGUUGAGAGUGGCAGGAAUGAUUGAACUGAAGAAUUCAGAGAGAUUAUUUUUUGAGAUGUGUGUAGAUUUAAGUGGAAGUAAACUGAGAUUUCAUUUGUUUUUGAUAAAAUGUUGAGAUAUAUUGAGAAACAAAUUAUCAGGUGAGAGUUGUGAAGGUUUGAAAGGAAGAAAAAACUAUCUAUUUAUAAAAGUGUUUGAAGAAAAAUUAAGAGAAAUUUUUUCACAAGAUGUGUGUAUGUGUUGUUAUCUUUAGUUAAGCCAGUUGGACAAGUGUCGGGUAUCCCUAUAUCACUAGUCAACUCCUCUAUACCGUCCUAAAAACCUAUCUUUUGCUGAUGAUUACUGAAAAUUAAUUUUUCCUUGAGGUUCUGAGAUGCUAUAUAUUAAUAAAGUCUUGUGUAUAUUCGUAUAAAGGUAUUGUCCCAGUCCUCUAUUCUGUAUCUCGGACAAAGAAGAGUUCCAAUUCGAACACCCAUUUAAAAAAUUAACAGAGGGUAUAAUGAAUUUCCUUUCAACGGAAAAAAAAAAAAAAUGGCAACACUUUAGGUCAUGUUCCUUGUUUUGUAAAUGCUCCUUGGAGAAUCAAUCAUUCUAGCCACAGGGGGUUGACACGGUCUGAUGACCCAGAAUGAACUAUUUACCAGUAACCUAGGAUUACUUGUAUAUUUCAUUCAAGGUCAUAGGAGCAUGUCCUGCCCCUGUGAUCCAAACAUCCCCAAAGGGCUUUACAAACAAUUGUCUUUGUAUGAAUAUAGAGAAGAUAAAAUAGAUUUACCCAGAAAACAACUUCACUGUAUCAAAACUUAUGGGCAUUCUACUAAAUAUGUUAAUUUAUUGAAAGUGACAUUAAUGAUAUUAUGAUAAUUUGUAUUGUGUAUGGUAUUUAUCUUGAGUAUGAAAUGUUAUAUUUUAUUAUGUACAUGAAAUCCUACCCACCAUCCUCCCAUGUUAACAGGCUACAGAGGUAUAGGUCAUCUCUCUGGUUCUGUAUAUAGAGGUCAUCUCUCUGGUUCUGUAUAUAGAGGAUCAUACAGAUGUAUAGGUCAUCUCUCUGGUUCUGUAUAUAGAGGAUCAUACAGAUGUAUAGGUCAUCUCUCUGGUUCUGUAUAUAGAGGUCAUCUCUCCUCUGGUUCUGUAUAUAGAGGAUCAUACAGAUGUAUAGGUCAUCUCUCUGGUUCUGUAUAUAGAGGAUCAUACAGAUGUAUAGGUCAUCUCUCUGGUUCUGUAUAUAGAGGUCAUCUCUCUGGUUCUGUAUAUAGAGGUCAUCUCUCUGGUUCUGUAUAUAGAGGAUCAUACAGAUAUAUAGGUCAUGUCUCUGGUUCUGUAUAUAGAGGAUCAUACAGAUAUAUAGGUCAUCUCUCUGGUUCUGUAUAUAGAGGUCAUCUCUCUGGUUCUGUAUAUAGAGGUCAUCUCUCUGGUUCUGUAUAUAGAGGUCAUCUCUCCUCUGGUUCUGUAUAUAGAGGUCAUCUCUCCUCUGGUUCUGUAUAUAGAGGUCAUCUCUCUGGUUCUGUAUAUAGAGGAUCAUACAGAUGUAUAAGGUCAUCUCUCUUGUUCUGUAUAUAGAGGUCAUCUCUCUGGUUCUGUAUAUAGAGGUCAUCUCUCUGGUUCUGUAUAUAGAGGUCAUCUCUCUGGUUCUGUAUAUAGAGGAUCAUACAGAUAUAUAGGAUCAUCAUUGAUUGUCAGCGUUUAUAAUACAGUUAUGUUCAGUAAACCACACGGAACCGUUCCUGAUAUGUGUGUUAGUGGGUGAGGAAAGUGACUUCCAUUAGUGUGCUAAUUAAUGUAUACUUCUAUAUAUUUGAUUCAUGUUUUUAAUGUAUGUAACUUUGAGCAUGUAGAUCAUGCUAGUAUAUCACUGAAAAAUAAACAUUAUUCAAAGAUCAACAA